AUGAGUCCCGCAGUGAACGCGCAGCCUGUGCGCGCGGUUAACCCGCACGCGGACGUGCUCGGUCCGGAGACCGAGCGGGAUAAUGUCAAUGAUCACAUCACUAGAAGGUACAGAGACGAAGAAGCAGCCCACGAGAACGACUCUUGGGGAGGAGACUACAUCCUACCCUGGUUCCAGAGAUUCCUUCAGUUCCUCGGCUUUACCUGGAGCUUGGAAAACUGUGGUGGUUCAGCGUCCAGUAAAAGCAGUCAGUUGCAGUUGACUGGGCGGAGUAUAAAGCCCAUCCACCAGCUGGGAAACUAUCCCAGCAGCGGACCUGUCGGGAGUGGGGUGUACUCCUCUAACAUGAACAAGGUAGGAGGGGGAGUGUACUCGGGAGGGCAGAGUGGAUACUCUGGAAGUGUCAGCGGAGUUAACAACAAUAUCAAGGACCUCACUCAGGUUGACGUCAUGUUACCAGACAUGGAUCAGGAUUUAGCAGCACUCCCACAAAAGUUCAGUGACACGGACGCUAAAAAGGUCUUUUACAGAACCUCCGUCUUCCUGUCCGUUCCCCUGAUCACUUUGCUCCUCUUCGCGGGAUUCGAUGUGUAUCAAGCUCUUUCCCACAGUCCUGAAGUCAAACGUUACGAGAUGCGAAUAUUACAAGGCAUGAAGAUUGGUAAUUUAAUGACAGAAAUCCUCAGAGAACAGUCCUUUACCUUCAAGUAUGUAAUGGAUCGUUCGCAUGGGAAUCUCAACAAACUUCAGCAUGCCCAGAUUGAAACGGACAAGAGGAUAAACGAGCUGUACAGAACAGGAUUUCCAGAAUACCUGACAGUAACCAACCCACAAGAAUACAUCCUGUACACUGCCAUGGGCAAGGGGUUUGUUGAGAGCGAGACAGACAACCUUCAGAUCAGCAACACCAGCCUCAACUUUCUACAGAAGAGAGAUGAUGUUCUCGAAAAGUUCCGUGAAAUAAGAGUUCCCCCUUCAACAAGUGCUGCCAUCAACAACUUGACUCUACAUGUGAACUCAUUCUACACCAAAGUAAUGGAGAUACUUGUGCAAUCAGUUGUGUAUACUUUUAGCGAAGAACCAGCGUUGUUUGGAACACGAAAGUGGAAGAUGCUAGUAGCGUUUAAGUGUCUACUGGAGAUACAGAGUAGAGCAGCUAAGAUUGAUGCUAUCGGCAUGUUCUUUUACACCGAAGGUUACGCAGAUGCGGAGAAAGUACAGCUGAUGGUAGCGAACCAGGCAGUGGAGGACUACUGUUUCUCUAAGAUCCUAAUGUACGUGCCCGAUCUGAAGUCAGACACGGACCGCCUCUCUGAUGCCAUUGAUCUGCUCAGGGGACAUCGGUACCGGAUUCUUAACAAUCAGAGCCUGGAAGCUUCCAAGUCUAUGGGCAUCAACUGGAUCGCAGUGAUAAGUUUGUACAACGAGCAGCUUAAAACAGUUCAGAACAUCUUGGGGCGGGCAAUGUUGAACAACAUUGACGAUUUUAGACGAAACGCCAACAUGUUGAUUGGGAUUACCGUGACUGCACUCAUUUUUAUUGCCUUGGUUGAGCCUUUUCUUUUCUGGGCUAAUAUAAAUAAAACGUACUCGUUGGUAAAAGUUCAGACUCAAAACACGGUUCAGCUGACGAAGCUAACAGAGGUUUUAAGCAGAGAAAAACAGCGCUCAGAUGAUUUGAUUUACAAGUUGGUGCCAGCUGAUAUAGCUAAGAAACUGAAGAAUCACAUCACAGUUACACCUGAGAUAUUCGACUCUGUGUCAGUUUUAUACGCGGAUAUCGUUAACUUUACCCUGAUCUCCAGCUACCACUCAGCCACAGAAGUCGUGAAUCUUCUCAACUAUCUAUUCUGUUUAAUCGACAAGCUCACGGACAAAUAUGACGCUUUUAAGGCUGACACGGUGGGAGACGCCUACGUGGCAGUCACAGGUCUCCCGACCUGUGGCAGUAAAGCAACCAGUGAGAGUGUUACCAACAUUGCUCACCUGGCACUCGACAUGCUCGGACAGAUUCAGAACCUGGACCACGAAAAUGAGUCUAUGUGUGAGGUGAAGCUCAGAAUUGGGUUGGCAACAGGACCAGUGUCUGUGGGUAUGAUAGGGAUGAAGAUUCCUAAAUACUGUGUGUUUGGAGAGACGGUUAACCUCGCGACCGCUAUGGAGGAAAGAAGUCAAGCUAUGAGGAUAUUGAUAACGAACUACACGAGGAAUUUUCUGGCGGACACGGGAAUCUUCGAGACACUCUUCAGGGGGCAGUUUAAGAUAGAGGACACAAUAAUCGACACAUAUUGGCUGGUCGGAUCCUCUCUCCUCGACAGCAGACUCGACAUCUUCAGCGACAACAAACCCAAAAAGAGAGACGGAGUCCUGCAGCGUCGGAUGAAGCAGCGAGAAAUGGAGGUGCAGCCCCGGAGACGACCUUAUGACUCCGCUAGUGCUGUCCCGAGCAAGGUUGCCUUCAAGGUGGAGCAGAUACCCAUCGCGACCACUAAAACAGAGGAAGUGGAGUCGGAAGAGGCGGCACCGGACGAACAUGUGGUUGAAGAGGAGGAAGAAGGGGAAGAAAGUGAAGAGGGUGAAGAGGGUGAAGAGGGCGAAGAAAGGGAGAAAGGGAACAAUAUUUCAGAGGAGUUCACCUCCCUUACUAGCACUAGUUUCACAGUGAAGGAUCAUGAUGCUAACAAGGCUGCUGAGAGUUUUACCGUGAAGGUGGGAGGGGAAGGAGGGUUGGAUCCCGAGGGAGCUGGAGAUUGGCAGACCCAUCAAUCUACUGGGCAUGGAGUCAGCGAGGAAAGCUUGGUUCCGGUGUCUUAAACUAUUGGACUCGUACUAUAAUUCUUAAAGUUAUUCAUUCGAGCUCAGCUAAGAGAAAAAAAAGGAAAUUUGCAGAAAAUUUGGACUCACAGCUAGAGCCCAAGAAACCUGUUGAUAUCGUCUUUAAUGUUCUUGCAAACUGCCAAAUAUUAUUGUAAUUUGCUACUGUAAUUUGCUACUGUUCACUGUUACAAUAAACGAUUUUCCGUAUUUGGUAUUGAUAUGCUGAUUUUCCGGAAUGACAGACUGUGCGGCGCCCAGAACGUUUCGACUUAAAACAAAAAACCCAAAAAAGAAACCAAUUCAACAUCAAUCGCCAUUGUAAUUUUCAAUGUUAAUGUGACCUCUAAUUUCACUUUUAUUUCAAUUUUUCUCGGUGAUGGUAUUUUUCAAUAAAACUACUGUUCGUGCAAUAAAAUUAAAAACUAUGAUUAUGAACAUCCUUUAUUAAAUAUUAAUAUUUGACAUAGGCAUUAAAAUCAAUAAUAUAGAUACUCAUCUUAUUAAAAAAUUUUUUUUUUCUUGGUUUAAUAUUUAUCAGCCAAUUAAAAUUUUUUUAUCUUGAAAUUUAUAUUAUCAUUAUUUUCUUUGAUGUAAAAACUUUAAGUUUAACAAUC